CCUUCCUGGCGGAGCUCUGGCCCUGGGCCCCCUCCCCUUACGCGGCUUCCCCUCCCCGCCCCACGGUGCUGCAGCGUGUGCGCUCCCUGCGCGCAGGCCACACCCGGGCGUCCUGCGACCUCGGGCGCGAGUUGACGAACUGCGCCCGGAACCUUCCGGGAAGCCCGACCCGGCGCGGACGGUCCCGAGUGCGUGUGCCUGGGCCCGGGUACCCUUCGCACAGCGGCGGAGAGCGAGUCUGGGCGAGGAUUCGGACACAGACUGCGCGUCCCUGAGUGCCGGCGCCGGCUCCUCCAGCUCCGCAAAUGUUCACACUCCCUCAGAAGGACUCCAGGACACCUACCACCUCUCCGGGUUCAGUCUCCCCACAGGGCCUGCACAGUAACCACGGGGAUGGUCUGGAAGGAGAAUGCUCCAGAAAACCAGACCAGAAGCCGCUGAAGCUCUAUGGAGUGGGUGAUCCCACCGCCAUGUUCUCCUCCGACAGCCCCUACCUGUCCUCUAGAGGAAGCGUCAUUAAAUGGUUCUGGGAUUCAGCAGAGGAGGGCUACAGGACCUACCACAUGGAUGAGUAUGAUGAGGAUAAGAACCCCAGUGGCAUCAUUAACUUGGGCACCAGUGAGAACAAACUCUGCUUUGACCUGCUGUCCAGGCGGCUGAGUCAGAGCGACAUGCUGCGGGUGGAGCCGUCCCUGCUGCAGUACCCUGACUGGAGGGGACAUCUGUUCCUCCGGGAGGAAGUGGCCAGGUUCCUGUCUUUCUACUGCAGGAGCCCCGCACCCCUUAAACCAGAGAAUGUGGUGGUUCUGAAUGGCUGUGCCUCUCUCUUCUCCGCUCUGGCCACGGUACUGUGUGAGAUGGGGGAGGCUUUCCUGAUCCCUGCCCCUUACUACGGAGCCAUCACGCAGCAUGUGUAUCUCUAUGGCAACGUCAGACUGGUCUGUGUCUAUCUGGACAGUGAGGUCACUGGGCUGGAGACACGCCCCUUCCAGCUCACAGUGGAGAAGCUCGAGACGGCGCUGGAAGGAGCUAAUUCUGAGGGUGUGAAGGUCAAAGGCCUCAUCCUCAUCAACCCCCAGAACCCUCUGGGUGACGUCUAUUCCCCAGGAGAGCUGCAGGAGUACCUGGAGUUUGCCAAGAGGCACGAGCUGCACGUGAUGGUGGAUGAGGUCUACAUGCUGUCCGUGUUUGAGGAGUCGGUUGGGUACCACAGUGUCCUGAGCCUGGAAAGGCUGCCUGACCCCCAGAGGACCCACGUGAUGUGGGCGACCAGCAAGGACUUCGGGAUGUCUGGGCUCCGCUUUGGCACGCUGUACACAGAAAACCAGGACGUGGCCACUGCGGUAUCCUCCCUCUGCCGCUAUCACGGCCUCAGUGGCUUGGUCCAGUAUCAGAUGGCACAGCUGCUCCGGGACCGUGACUGGAUCAACCAAGUGUACCUGCCGGAAAACCAUGCCCGGCUCAAGGCUGCUCACAUCUAUGUCUCGGAAGAGCUCCGGGCCCUGGGGAUCCCCUUCUUGAGCCGUGGGGCCGGCUUCUUCAUCUGGGUCGACUUGAGGAAGUACCUGCCUGCGGCCACCUUUGAGGAGGAGAUGCUGCUCUGGCGCCGCUUUUUGGAUAACAAGGUGCUGCUGUCCUUUGGCCAAGCCUUCGAGUGCAAAGAGCCUGGCUGGUUUCGCUUGGUUUUCUCUGACAAGACCCACCGGCUUCGCCUGGGGAUGCAGAGGGUCCGGCGGGUGCUUGAGGGUAAAUCCCAGGUGGCAGAAGACGCCCCUGCCUGCUAGACCUAGGAGCCGAGGGGUCCGCACAGGUGAGCUGGUCAUUGUCUUGUGGCCACGGGGCCUGGCAGCCACUGUGAAGACUGAUGGUGGAUGAGCCGUUUGCCAGGCAGAUAUCCUUCUCGGCCUUGCCCUUGAAGAAGAACUGCUCCUUGCUCUCCCGGUGGCAGCGAGACAUGCCUUAAGUCGUGGUGCAUUCCCCUCCCCGGCUAUUAAACAAAACCGGGAAAAACUAGAA